AGUCACCCAUCGAUCAGUCAAUCGCCACUCAGUCUACCGCUGUCCAUCACGACGAUAAGAUAUCCUGUCCGUCGUUAUUAGCACCCAGCAAAAGUGUAAAUUUCAUUCAUUAUUUAAAAAAGUGGUCAGCUAGUGGGAAAAGUCAGUGCCAACAAUAUGAAUAAUUUAAAACAUUUAGCGCUAGUACCAGUCCUAUUUUAUGUGAGCAGUGCUAUCGAUGUGAUAACGACACCCGAGAGUGUGAUCGCUACAGAGGGUCAGCGCCAGCUAAAUUUACUUUGCGAAACACCGGGAAAUCAGCCAGUUGAUUUCUGUAUAGUGAAGGUUCCCGGUACUAAGAGUCCUUUUGCUAGCAGUGAACGGCUACCAGCUCCGGUUCAGGGAAUCACGUUUUUCGGCGAAGGCUGGGCCAAAGGAUCCUGUGGAGUUACGUUGGAGACGGUGAAAGUGGAUCAUGAAGGAACAUUUGAAUGUAAGAUUUCAAUCGCUGGGAAGAGCUACAAGGGUACGAUCGACAUCGCCGUGCAGGGAGAAGCGGUUGCUCCCGAACCACCGGUGAUAGAAGUGAGUAGCAAUGUGGAUGGCACUGACGGAGAGUUUGAUUUCGGAAAACCAUUGACUGCUCGGUGUAUCUCACGGAAUGGAUGGCCUGGUGCGAAGUUAUCGUGGCAAUUAGACGGAAAGCCGCUGUCAAAAGAAUUAGGAGCUGCGUUCUCGGCUACUAGCAAGCAGAGGACAACCGUUCAGCAGUUCUACCGAAAAGCAGUGGCCGUGGAGGACAAGCGGUUGGUAUGUAGAGCUGAACAUGAGCGAUACCCGAAUGGGUUCAUGGAGACUGUUCUACCCAUCACACUGCGUCAAACGAGCAGAAAUGCUAACGAAAUUCAGGCCGACAAAUUGAAGGAAUCUGUGGUAAAGCCAUCGCCACCGGAGCUCAUUGUUUCAAGUGAUGUGCAAACCAGCAAAGGAGCAUUUAAAGUUGGAUCAGAUUUAGUAGUCGAGUGCGUUUCUCACGAUAGCAGACCUGCAGUCACUUUUGUUUGGUUCUUUGAUGACCACUUACUGUACGAAGGGUUAUCGACUCCAUUCAUGACGAAAGACUCGCAGGGGCUUGUAACCACGCAGCAAGUGCUUAGGCGAGUAGUGAAAGCCAGCGAUAACAACAAGUCGCUAAUUUGCAAAGCGCGACAUCCAGGUGGAACGAGCGACACAAGUCUCACGAUCCGGACUUACGGUUGAACUAUCGAAAACCCCUCGUCACCCGAUUUAGAUUAGUGUUUG